AUGCUUUCAUUUGUUUUAGUAUUAUUAACUUCUCAUUUAUGUGGAUGUACUGCAAAUAUUGUACUUUUAAUACUACGUUUUAUAGAUUUAAUAUUACCAAAUUUAACAGCAAUGCCGAAAAAUAAAGGAAAAGGUGGUAAAAACCGUCGUCGUGGUAAAAAUGAAAAUGAAAAUAUGAAACGUGAAUUGAUACUUAAAGACGAUGGACAAUCUUAUGCACAAGUUACACGUAUUUUGGGUAGUGGUUAUAUAGAAGCAUUUUGCUUCGAUAAUACCGGUGGAAAGAAACGAAUUUGUCACAUUCGCGGUAAAUUACGUAAGAAAGUAUGGAUCAAUCAAGGAGAUGUUAUUCUUGUUGGACUUCGAGACUAUCAAGAUGACAAAGCGGACGUUCUUAUGAAAUAUCUUUGUAAGUUUUUAGUCGAUAAACAAGAGUACAUUAUUUUAUCUACGAUUCUNAAAGAUCACUAA